AUCUUGACCCAAGACGUCUUUCGUGUUAUUAAAGGUCAACUGUUAUGAAAUGGAUGAUUUUCAGUAUGUUAUUAAUGAUUUUGACGCCAUGAAGAUCCUCUCGAGUUAUUUGUUUUCGACAAGAAGCAGGAAGUGACGUACGGGGCAGGAGCGCCCUCCGGUGGACUCGUUUGUUUUUAUUAGUUUUACCUGCGGGAAGCUAGCUCGUUGUUCCUCCGUGUUAGCCAAAAUCCCGACUUGUAUUUCUGGAUUCUGCUCCAACGCUCCGGAGGAUGGAUUCACUCUUCACACGUUUCCAAAAGACCCGGUUCGUCUUGAAAAACGGAUUCCACGGGUGCGAAGGACGAGAGCUUCGUGGGUUCCAAAUCACAGCAUGGCGGAGCGGGCGGCCAAGCGGCUCUGCUGCAGGCCGGGCUACGGCUCGACGUGCCGACCGGAACACCGAGCCGGGGCCAGGGAGAGCCCGGAGUCGUUGCUGGACAUCGCGGCGAGGCGGGUGGCGGAAAAGUGGCCCUUCCAGCGGGUGGAGGAGCGCUUCGAGCGGAUUCCGGAGCCCGUACAGCGGCGGAUCGUGUACUGGUCCUUCCCGAGGAGCGAGCGGGAGAUCUGCAUGUACUCGUCGUUCGGAAGCGGGACGGACGAACUCGGCGGUCCGGAGAGCGGCGAUGAGGCUCGGCUGCCCUUCCGCCGCGGCGUCGCUCUCCUGGAGGGCGGCUGCGUGGACAACGUCCUCCAAGUGGGCUUCCACCUAAGCGGCACGGUCCGCGAGCCGGCCACGCCCUCGGAGCCGGAGCUGCUGUGCAACGUGAGCGUGAGCUUCGACCGCUGCAAGAUCACGGCGGUGACGUGCGGCUGCGGCAACCGGGACAUCUUCUACUGCGCCCACGUGGUGGCGCUGGCGCUGUACCGCGUGCGCAGCCCCGAUCAGGUCAAGCUGCGGCUGCCCAUCUCGGAGACGCUCUUCCAGAUGAACCGCGACCAGCUGCAGAAACUGGUCCAGUACCUGAUCACGGUGCACCACACCGAGGUGCUGCCCACGGCGCAGAAGCUGGCCGACGAGAUCCUGUCGCAGAACUCUGAGAUCAACCAGGUGCACGGCGCUCCCGACCCGACGGCCGGGGCCAGCGUGGACGACGACAACUGCUGGCACCUGGACGAGGAGCAGGUCCAGGAGCAGGUCAAGCUCUUCCUGUCCCAGGGCGGCUACCACGGGUCCGGCAAGCAGCUCAACCUCCUCUUCAGUAAGGUGCGAGAGAUGCUGAAGAUGCGGGACUCCAACGGCGCCCGCAUGCUGACGCUGAUCACGGAGCAGUUCAUGGGGGACCCUCGGCUGGCGCUGUGGCGCCAACAGGGGACCGCCAUGACCGACAAGUACAGGCAGCUCUGGGAUGAACUCGGCGCGCUGUGGAUGUGCAUCGUCCUCAACCCUCACUGCAAGGGCGACCAGAAGACCGGGUGGCUCAGGCAGCUCCGCCGCUGGAACGGCGUGGACGUGUGCCCCCUGGAGGACGGGAACCAGGCCAGUAGCCAGCUCGGCAACCUCACGAACGCCCUACCGCGAGGGCACAACGCCAAUCCCGACUCCCCUCAGCGGACGGUGUUCUCGCGCGCCAUGGAGGCCUGCGACCUGCACUGGCAAGACCCCCACCUGCAGGGCAUCCUCAGCGAGGACCGCUACGUCGAGCGCUGUCGCCACGACAACCCGGAACUCUUCGACGGACGGGGGUGGCCCCUGUGGCACGAGCACGUCCCCACGGCGUGCGCCCGCGUGGACGCGCUGCGUUCUCACGGCUACCCCAAGGAGGCGCUGCGGCUGGCCGUGGCCGUGGUCAACACGCUGCGCGGGCAGCAGCGCAAGCAGCUGGAGUUCUUCCGCGCUCACAAGAAAGAGGUGCUCCACAAGGGCAUGACCUCCGUCACCAACCUGGAGGGCUGGGUGGGGCACCCGCUGGACCCCGUGGGCACCCUCUUCAGCACCCUCACGGAGACGGAGACGGACGCCGCGCUGGACGAGGGCGAGACGGCGGCGACGCUGGCGGCGGAGGUGGCGCUGAUCGGCCUCGGGCAGCAGCGGGUCAUGCCCGACGGGCUCUACGCGCAGGAGAAGGUGUGCCGCAACGAGGAGCAGCUGCUGGCCAAACUGCAGCAGGUGGAGCUGGACGACGUGCUGGUCGACGUCUUCCGCAAGCAAGCUGCCAUCUUGCUGGACGCCGGUCCUUACAGCGGUCUGGGCGAGGUGCUGUACAGAGAGAGCGUCCCCAUGCAUACCUUCGCCAAGUACCUCUUCACCUCGCUGCUCCCUCACGACGCCGAGCUGGCCUACAAGAUUGCGCUGAGGGCCAUGAGGCUGCCGGUCCUGGAGUCAAGCAUGUCGUCGGGCGAUCUGUCCCGCUCGCAUCACAUGGUGUCGGUGGUGGCCAAUCGUUACCCUCGCUGGUUCACCCUCAGCCACAUCGAGUCCCAGCAGUGCGAACUGGGGUCCACCAUGCUCACCGCUGCCAAAGGUGAUGCUCGCAAGCUGCAAACCGUCCUGGAGUCCAUCCAGAAGAACAUCCACUCCUCCUCGCACAUCUUCAAGCUGGCCCAGGACGCCUUCAAGAUCGCCACCAUGAUGGACGGCCUGCCCGACCUGACACUGCUCAAAGUGUCUCUGGAGCUCGGCCUCCAGGUGAUGAGGAUGACGCUGUCCACCCUCAACUGGCGGAGACGCGAGAUGGUGCGCUGGCUCGUUACGUGUGCCACUGAAGUCGGCGUGUUUGCGUUGGACAGCAUCAUGCAGAGCUGGUUCACCCUCUUCACGCCCACGGAGGCCACCAGCGUGGUGGCGAGCAGCAUCAUGUCCAACAGCACCAUCCUGCGCCUGCACGUGGACUUGCGGCAGCAGCAGAACUUGGCCAACUCGGCGCGCACCCUGGCCCUGCAGUGCGCCGCCAAGGACCCGCAAAACUGCGCCCUGUCGGCCCUGACGCUGUGCGAGAAGGACCACGUCGCCUUCGAGACCGCCUACCAGAUCGUGCUGGACGCCGCGUCCACGGGGAUGAGCUACACGCAGCUGUUCACCAUCGCGCGCUACAUGGAGCCCCGCGGGUACCCGAUGCGGGCGUACAAGCUGGCCACGUUGGCCAUGACGCACCUGAACCUCAGCUACAACCAGGACACGCACCCGGCCAUCAACGACGUCCUGUGGGCGUGCGGCCUCAGCCACUCGCUGGGUAAAAACGAGCUGGCGGCCGUCAUCCCGUUGGUGGUGAAGAGCGUCAAGUGCGCCACGGUGCUGUCGGACAUCCUGCGGCGCUGCACGCUGACCCCGCCCAGCGUGAUCGCGCUGCACAGCCGCAGGAACGCGGCCAAGCUGAUGUCGCUGGACAAGGCGCCGCUGCGGCACCUGCUGGACGCCACCAUCGGCGCCUACAUCAACACCACGCACUCGCGCCUGACGCACAUCAGCCCGCGCCACUACGGCGAGUUCAUCGAGUUCCUCAGCAAGGCGCGCGAGACCUUCCUCAUGGCGCACGACGGCCACGUGCAGUUCACGCAGUUCAUCGACAACCUCAAGCAGAUCUACAAAGGCAAAAAGAAACUCAUGAUGCUCGUGCGGGAGCGAUUCGGCUGACGGGUGGAACGACGAAGACGGAAACACCAAAAUGCCACUUUUACUUGAGUUUUAUCCUGCAACUUGAAGCGAACCCGGGGUCUUAGUGAGUCUUGGAACAUUUCAAGAGAUUCAACCGAGAUGGGAUCGGCAAAAGACUCCGGCGGACCCGUUUAUCGCAGGGGUUGGCGUUCCUGUCUCAACCGCGCCGUGGGGGGAAAAUACGCUAUCUCGAGUCCGUUGCUUAAAAAUCUUUGGGGUUUUUUUUCACACUGAAUCCAAACGUUAACGUUGAGCUCGCCCCUCGCUCACAUCCUCAAAGAGAAGACAAGCGAGCGCCUUAGAACCAAACGGAGUGACCAAUCAGUACCUCUUCUUUUAGCAUCCAACUUUACCGGCACCGCGUUGGGGUUCCAUUUUGGUGGAGUUUCCCGGGGGGUUCAGUAUAUAUUAGGGUGGGGUUAGGGGAUGCUUGAGGUCCGAAGCUCAGGUCCGCAGGGGCUAGCAAGGACUCGCCGUCGCCGUCAUUUUAUGAUAGUGUCCCAACAUGUCCGCUGAAGCCUUUUCAAAGGAACAUGCGGUCUUUCUCCACUCUGAUGUUGGGUGUCAGUCGGGCCUGUUGCUCCGUAAGGGAUGUCACCUGUCACCCCCCCCCCCCCUCCCGCCAUCCCAAUCUCAUCCUCGGUCCUCCGGUGCCAGAUGAGCGGCGUCAUGCGUGCCCUGCACCCACCGCCGAGGCAGGGAGGGGUCGACACGGGGCCUCUCCCCCCAGGCGUUUUUCUCCCAAUGGUUGCAUGACGUUCUACUUGCGGUUAUUCACAUUUGGGGAUGGCUGUCAGUCAAGUGGUCCUGCUCGAACUAGGGUUCGCCGGUCCAGUUUUGAGCCUCAAGAGCCACUGUAGUUUUUUGCUUAUGUUAGCCUAUGACACAUCGAUACAUAUCCAGCAUUCAAGCAAAAUUCACAGGGGAUCGGGAUGGAGCCUUGCUGUGUCUAGUGAAACUUGACAAGUUAUUGACACCACCCUGAAAAGGUUUAGACUUGCCUGUAGAGGCGUCGAAUGGCAGCAAGGCACUACUUUUUUGUUAGACAGAGCUAUGGCCUGGCUCAAUGAAGCUCCUCCCCGAGGGUUAGGGCCUUUGAACCAAACAGAGUGACCGAUCAGUACCUCUUCUUUUAGUAUCCAGCUUUUACCGGCACCGUGUUGGGGUACCAUUUGGUGGAGUUUUGGGGGGUUGAGUAUAUAUUAGGGUGGGAUUAGGGUAGGCUUGAGGUCUGGUUAGGGUGAAGCGGGUGGUCUUUGGACUCAAGUUGGGGUAAUGUUAAAGGGGAUCAUUGGUAGUUUUGGGGUUUGGGUUGGGGUAAUGUUAAGGAUCGAAUUGGGGUACGGGUGAGGUUGAGUUCUGGAUUUUUUUGGGUCUAGGUGCCCGCCCCCCAGUUAAGGUUGGCGACCAGUUCUGUCCCAAUUUCAGGAAAACCUAAUUUGGUUUUGCUUGCCUGCUGCAUGUCAACAGAAAACUCAGGGAUUUCUCUUGGGCGUAAAAAAAAAAAAUACCAACACAAGAAGAAUGGAGAACAAAAAGCAUUUUAAUUGUAAAUAUGAAAAAUAUACGGGCGACAAUUGCUCAUUUAUGACAGAAGAGUCUAUGUGAGGCACAAUACUUGAAGCUUUUUUUUUUUUUUAAAACAAAAAAAAGAAAAACAUAUCAGAAGGACUUGACAGGAAGUGGUCGAGCAGAGUGCAUUGUGGGAGGAAAGGCGAGCGCAAGGUUGCUCGCGUUCGACUUGCGAGCUUCACCCCCGAGAACUGUUCCUCAACUUGCCUUUGUCGUUUUAAUGCUUUAAAACAAGCGUACGUGAAAAGCAUUUCAGCAUUUAUUCCGUCCGCUUUGCGCGCGGCUCGAAGUCGGCGUAGUAGCGCGAGUCACGUGGAAUAAUUUCCCUAAAAACUGCUUUCCGUACAGCCAAAAUUGGACUUCUGACUACCAAACUUUUAUUUUAUUUUGAUUUUUUUUUUUUUUUUGUGUGUUUAAAAUGAUAAUUUCCUCUGCGUCAUCGUUAGUGGCUUUUGUUUCCAAUACUAUUUAUUACGCUAGAUUAAAAAAAAAAAAUAGAAAAGAUUGUAGCGAAGUAUUGACAUGGUCAUGAAACUGAUGUUUGAUACACUGAUCCGUUUAUU